GAUUUGAUAAUGUUGACAUGUAGUUUAGUGUACAAAAUACAAAUACCAAAUAUUGCAAGUAUAUAGGCAAUAGUCAACAGGAUUGAGGACACUGGGCAGGACUACAGAACUUAACUAUUAUUAAGUUUAUAACGUUUUAGUUUGUUUUAUACUUUUUUGUUUCUAAAAAAAAUAUUUUGUAAUAUAUAAAUUGACAUAAAAGCACUACAAUUUUAAAACAUGGUUGAUAGUAAAUAUUACACUACAAUUUUAUCUCAAACAUUUUCUCCUUGUGGGAAUUAUUUGAUUACGGGUAAUAAUUAUGGAAUAUUAACAGUUUACAAUUUAAAAAAUGAAUUGCAGUCAGGAGUUGACUUCAAAGAUCAAAAUUUAUCAGCCGGUGGUCGUUCUUAUGAAUUUGUGAUGAUACGUAAAAUGCAAAUAAACAGCAUGGAAUCGAGUGAAAAAUUUUUGAUAAUUGGUGGCGUUGGUCUUAUUGUUGGAGUGGAUUGGGAAACUAUCAUUGAUAAUAAUUUUGGUGAAAACUCAAAAAUUGAACCCCUCAGUAUUAGUUGGAGUAUUAAUAUUCCAUCACCCAAGGAUUCAAUGUUAACUAUAGAUGUAAAUUGUUUAAUAUUAAACAAAGAGGAUAAUGUCUUAUAUGCAGGUUGUGGUGACAACGCUGUUUAUGCAUUUAAUUUAGAAUGUGGUGAUGUUAUGCAGAAAUUUGAAGGGCACAGUGAUUUUAUUCAUUCCAUCGAUAAAUUAGAUGAUACAAUCGUCUCAGCUAGUGAAGAUGGAUCUGUCUUGUUUUGGGAUGUUCGUUCUAAGGAAUAUUUAUCAAAAAUAAUUCCUAGCAAUAAUCCAGAAAUUAAACGUCCUAAUCUAGGAAACUGGGUUGGAUCUGUUACAAUUACUAAUGACUGGAUGUUGUGUGGUGGUGGAACUAAACUGUCAUUAUGGAAUCGAUCAAUGGCUGCUCCUAUGACCGUUUACAAUUGUGUUGAAGAUUCCGGAAUACAUGUUACUAAACUUAUGGAUGAAACAUUGUAUGCUGGAGGAUGCUCAAAAUAUUUCUAUCAGUUAUCAUUUACAGAUGAAAUUUUGUGUAAAAUUGAAACUAGUCCAGUGACUGUUUUCAGUUGUGUUAACCAAGAAAAUCCAUUCAAAGUAACAUGUCUUGCAGGUUCCAGCUAUAAAAUAGAUAUUUGUACCAAUUUAAAUUAUAAAAUGAUUACACUUGGAAUCUAGGACAAAUAUUAGUUUUUAUUCCAAAAAUAUUAAAUUCUGAAAAAAAUGUCUCAAUGUG